CUUGGAAACCAUUCAGCCAUUCAAAAUGGCGAAUAUCAUCGUCUUCCUGGUUGGAGCCUUCUCUUUUGUCAUCGUUUGCGGCGCUGUAGUAUUUCAAAUCUUACCUAGACUYUUCCCAAAGAUACGCCAAAAGCUMCCUGCACAAAAUGUCAUCAGUUACAUUCAAACWGUACCGAUUCUGUUCAUGUUUGCGAGUUUGGUKUUCYUGUUUCUCUACAGCUACCUUCAGUCUCACGUCGGAAAGGACGCUUACUUCACAGUCCUUGGCUGGGCUCAUAUCCUAUGGGUAGCUUACGAUGUUGCUAAUGUAGUUUUCAACUAUUUAUGUGCAGUUUUGAUCGUUCCUGGCUACCCUCAAACCCAAGAAGAAUUCCAAAGAGAAAGAAGUUUCAUAAAGAAAUACGARAUGUGUGCCAAGUGCAACAGAAUUCGAAACUUCGGAACUCAUCACUGUUCSUGGUGUCAUAAAUGCGUGAGGAUGAUGUGCCAUCAUUGUCCCUUCACGAAUAAUUGCGUAGGACUCAAAAACUACGUCUAUUAUUACAGUUUUCUUGGCUAUGCUUUCGUUGGAAUGAUCUACGCCUGCUACCUUGGUUACUUCCCUUUUGCCAGCUGCUACAAGUACUUGGGGGCAAGCUUCAUGUCAGAAUUCCUAAAYCAUGGACAGUUUGAUGGUUUGCACCGUUAUACAGACUUCAAGUCCAAGAUCUCAGAGCAUGUGAAUGCCACAGAAAUGUGCCAAGAAAUGGGAGAGUACAUUGUAGUCCUUGCUCCUGUAGUUGUCAUAACUAUCUUUAUGGGGCUGCUUUUUGGUUUCCAAACUCUUCUUCUGCUSUCUGAUCUCUCCAUAGUGGAUUUCUAUGAAGUUAUGGGAAGGUCAAGCUCAGUCACAGAUUUCUUGCGAAGCCUUUAUGUUAGUAUUACAAAGAAAAAGAAAACAAGAUUUUGGAAGCUUGUUUAUGCACAGAAGAGUCGYUGGUGGAAGUUCUUUAUCCCAAGUUUCAUAGAUGUUGAUGUUGAUAAACUUGAAACAAAGAUGGACAUGUGACGUCUUCUUCUCUGUGUCCUCUACCUUUUCAAUGCAACCAUUUUGUGUGUAAAUACUUUAGGUUUCACCAUUUUUGACAGUUUUAUGGUAAUAAAAUGUCCGCUUUGUCAUGAUUGGCAGAAACACCAAGAUUGACAGCUCGACCUUGAUUGGCAACUUGACCAUGAUUGGUUGCUUCACCAUGAUUGACAACUUUAAUAUUUUUGAGUGCUUUACCAUGUUUGGUAGUUUCACAUUGAAUGACAGCUUAACUGUGAUUGACAGCUUCACUUCUGGAGCCAUUCAAAUGAAGAGUGCCAUUGAGGAAAACCUCUUCAAAAUCUAUCAAAAGGAAUUUAUAUUUGUUCUGGUGGAUAACUUAUCUUCCCUAUAAUAAUAUAAUAACUUAUACUUAACUCAUGGUAGGUAUGCUUGAUGGACCUUUUAUUGUCGAAAAUAAAACCCUUGUGUACAUUUUAGGGUCCUAAGCUGACUCCGUACCUUUAAGGGUAAAUUUUCGAAGAAUGUGAAAAAAAAA